ACAGUAUCCACAAUCUCAUCUCUCUCGUACCUCAAACACCCAAACAUGGGGGUCAAUGACGACAACUCUGAGAGGCCAUUGGAGCUGUUCUUGAAGAUCGGUUUGGAUGAGCGGACUGCUCAUAACACCGUUGCCAACAACAAGGUCACUGCCAAUCUCACCGCCGUCAUUCACGAGGCAGAAGUCACUGAGGGGUGCGAUCGGUUAAUUGGAAAUCUCUUAUACACGGUAGCCACGAAAUACCCAGCCAAUGCCCUUGUGCAUCGCCCAACUUUGCUGAAAUAUGUUGUCUCUUCCAAGAUUAAGACCCCAGCGCAGUUAGAAGCUGCCUUUUCAUUUUUCACAACUAUUGGGUCUGAGAAUUUUAAUUUGAAUGAAUUUGAAGAAGCAUGUGGUGUUGGGGUUGAAGUUUCUGUAGAAGAAAUUGAGAGAACGGUCACUGAAAUCUUUGAAGAGAACAAGGCUAUGAUUUUGGAGCGACGAUAUCGAACAAAUGUGGGUGAACUUCUGGGGGGUGUUCGGAAGAAGCAUCCAUGGGGUGAUCCAAAGAUAGCUAAGCAACUUGUUGAUGCAAAAAUGUAUGAAUUACUUGGUGAGAGGACAGCUGCAGAUGAUGAGAAGCCUACCAAAAAGAAGGAGAAAAAGGAGAAACCUGCUAAAGUUGAGGACAAAGUUGCUGCCAAUGAUGCUCCUGCCCAACCAUCUGAAGAAGAAAUCAAUCCGUUUUCAAUAUUUCCUGCACCAGAAGAUAAUAUAAAGGUGCACACUGAAGUCUUUUUUAGCAAUGGCUCUGUGUUGAGAUGUUGCAACACGAGGGAACUGCUUGAAAAGCACUUGAAGGUGACAGGGGGCAAAGUUUUUACUCGCUUUCCACCUGAACCAAAUGGGUAUCUACACAUUGGACAUGCAAAAGCAAUGUUUGUUGACUUUGGCCUUGCUAAAGAGAGGGAUGGAUGCUGCUACUUAAGAUAUGAUGAUACAAACCCUGAAGCUGAAAAGAAAGAAUAUAUCAAUCAUAUCGAAGAAAUUGUGGAGUGGAUGGGUUGGAAACCUUUUGAGAUUACUUAUACCAGCGACUAUUUCCAGGAGCUAUAUGAAUUAGCAGUGGAGCUAAUACGAAGGGGUCAUGCAUAUGUUGAUCAUCAGACUCCUGAAGAGAUAAAAGAAUAUAGAGAAAAGAAGAUGAACAGCCCAUGGAGGGAUCGGCCUAUUGAAGAGUCAUUGAAACUUUUUGAUGACAUGAAGCGAGGUUUGAUUGAAGAGGGCAAAGCAACACUUAGAAUGAAACAAGAUAUGCAGAGUGAUAAUUAUAAUAUGUAUGACCUCAUUGCAUACCGUAUCAAGUUUACUCCUCAUCCACAUGCAGGAGACAAGUGGUGUAUUUACCCAAGUUAUGAUUAUGCUCACUGCAUUGUGGAUUCUCUUGAGAAUAUCACACAUUCUCUCUGCACACUUGAAUUUGAGACAAGACGUGCUUCAUACUACUGGUUAUUACAUGCAUUGGGCCUCUACCAACCAUAUGUGUGGGAGUACUCCCGGCUGAAUGUUACGAAUACUGUGAUGUCUAAGCGGAAAUUGAACCUUUUAGUGACAAAAAAAUAUGUUGAUGGUUGGGAUGAUCCCCGUCUUAUGACACUAGCUGGAUUGCGUCGAAGGGGCGUGACUGCAACUUCAAUCAAUGCUUUUGUUCGAGGAAUAGGAAUUACCAGAAGUGAUUGUAGUUUGAUACGUUUGGAUCGACUUGAGUAUCACAUUAGAGAAGAACUAAACAAGACAGUGCCACGUGCAAUGGUUGUUCUACAUCCUCUCAAGGUUGUCAUUAUCAACCUUGAAUCAGUUAUGAAUCUUGAUGCAAAGAGAUGGCCUGAUGCUGAUACGAAUGAUGCCUCUGCUUUUUACAAGGUUCCCUUUUCCAAUGUUGUCUACAUUGAACACUCUGAUUUUCGGAUGAAAGAUUCUAAAGACUACUAUGGUUUGGCACCUGGCAAGUCAGCUCUACUAAGAUAUGCCUUCCCCAUAAAGUGCACAGACGUAAUAUUAGCUGAUGACAAUGAGACUGUUCUAGAGAUCCAUGCUGAAUAUGAUCCUUCCAAAAAAACCAAGCCAAAGGGAGUUCUUCACUGGGUUUCUGAACCUUCUCCAGGGGUUGAACCACUGAAGGUGGAAGUCAGACUGUUUGACAAACUCUUCAAAUCUGAGAAUCCUGCUGAGCUAGAUGAUUGGCUUGCCGAUCUGAACCCCGAGUCUAAAGUGGUGAUACCUGCCGCUUAUGCAGUAUCACCCCUUCAUGACGCUGCCGUAGGAGACCGGUUUCAGUUCGAGAGGCUAGGAUAUUUUGCGGUUGAUGAGGACUCCACUCCAGAGAAACUUGUCUUUAACCGGACGGUCACUCUAAAAGAUAGUUAUAGUAAAGGUGGGAAGUAAUUUCCCACUUGAAGCAGUCAAAAGUUACUUACCUUACCUUAUGGUGUACAAAAUAUUUAGUUGGUUAUUUCACAGAACUAAUGUAUACAAUUUACAUCUUCAAUGAGUUCAACCCAGCUAUACUUAAAUCUUUUUUUUUUUUUUUGAGACAAUUUUUUGUGAUGUUAUCAACAGAUUAAUUGCUUGUG